AUGAAAAGAAGUGAUUCUAAUGCUACUAAUAUCGCCGGUCUGGUGAAGCCUCACGUCCCCGAAGGUUUCGAACUGAAGUACUUUGGCGUGCUUGAGAUGGUCAAAGCUUUUGAGGAAGCUUCAGGGAAGAAGAUUCCUUAUAAAGUCGUUGCUCGUCGGGCCGGUGAUCUCGGCAGUGUUAUCUGCAACCCUGCUUUGGCCGAAAAGGAGUUGGGAUGGGUAGCCACUCGUGAUAUGAAGACUGUUAUGGAGGACUCCUGGAGGUGGCAGAGCGAGAAUCCCUAUGGUUACGAUAAGGAGGCUCCCGAGAAAGAUUGA